ACCUAACAUCCGUAACAGCCUUCAAUUCGUUUCUGGGGAUUUUGAAAGGGCAUCUAUCCGAGCAAUCCGCAAUGAAAUGCCGUGGACGAUCUUUCGGGGUUGCUGGUUUCACUUUACUCGAGCUGUAACCAGGAGAUGGCGGCGACUCCGUUUAAAUCGUGCUCCACAAAUUAUUUUGCACCUGACUUGGGUACUACCCUUGGUUCCUGCAAAUUUAUUUAGACAGGGCUUUGAAGAAAUUAGACGUCAAGCUAAUCUUGCCAGAGAAGAUUUUCCUCGAGUAAAUUUUUUCAUAAGUUACCUUGAGACAUUCUGGCUACCACUGGCUGACCGAGUAUCUACUCGUCAUUCAGUCAUCCGCACAAAUAAUGUUGCGGAAGCGUUCAACCGCCAGCUGAUUCCAAGAUUAGGAGGUGGUAACCUGGACUUAUUUUUAUUUAUUGAAAGAUUAGCCGUUAUUAUCAGAGAUGAAGAGUUGAGGUGGCGGCGUUUAGAUCAAGGGCACGAUCUUGGUGCAGAACGUCGUGCUUAUCAAUCACAUGUUGAUAGCAGGAUAAUAAAUUUUCAACGUGCGCUAGACAAUGAAAGGAUUACAGUUGUUGAAUUCCUACAUUCCAUAAUGUUACAAAGAGUGGAAGUCGCAAUUAUGGACGCAAAUAUUCGGCUUAAUGAUGAGAAUUUCGACUCUGAAGAUGAAAUGCCUCGCCUGCAGGAUUUGGAGGACCCCAUAAACGCUGCCAUUAUUCCAGAAAAUCCAUUACCUCCAGCACGGAAUCCCCGACGACGCUUCCGAAGACAAGGUGUUGGUGCUAAUGGGCAAAAUAUGAAUCAAGUUCAAGGAGGAGCUGCUGGACACGACGUUCCGCAAAAUGUUCGCCAGCCACGUGGGAGACCACGCAAUCAAAAUGCAGUCCCAGAUCCUAUUAUUCCCAUCGUCAUCGAUAUCCAUCAGGAAGAAAUUGAAGAAUUACCAGCUGAAGUACUCGAUGAUGCAGGUGGAAUAGAACCUGUGGAUGGUCCUCGUGGAAUCUAUGAACAGAUUGAAAUAAUCAACUUCGAUGGCGAUGAAGUUGCUGAAGAAGAUGAUAUGACUUGUGUCAUUUGUCUCAUUAAUCGUCCGAAGAUGGCUGUCGUCCCGUGUAAUCACAUUUGCCUAUGUCUUCGCUGUAACUUUGGUCGGGAAUUACAGGAUGCUGAGAAUUUGAUGAGAAAUCAAUUUUAUCGACCUGUGUGUCCUUUAUGUCGAGGCCCAUUCAGAUCAGCAAGACAAACGUAAUAUAUUAAAACAAUAAAAUAAAUAUAAAUUUGGUUUUUACAUCGUUUUAUAGAAGCAUUAGUUUUUAAGAGUAUUCUCUGACAGUACCCCCCACUUUUACAAAUAUGCAAUGACUUUUAAUUCUCACAACCGUAAUAAAAUUUAAUUAAUUCAUUAAAAAAAAAAAUUAAAACAUCAAUCGAAAUAAGGAUAACUUAAAAGUAAUUUCGCCGAGAUAUAGAAUUUGAAAAAAAUUACUUACAGUUGAUAUUAAUUAUAGGAGUUGAACGAAAUUUGUUAAAUAAAUUUUCGUUUAACUCUCAAUUGAUAUCAACUGUAAAUAAUUUGUUUUUAAUUCUAUAUCUCGGAAAAAUUACGAUACGUUGUCCUUUUUUCAAUUGCAGUUUCAAUUUAUUUUUUUAAAUUCAUUAAUUAAAUUUAGAUACGCUUUGACAGUUGAAAAUCAUUGCAAAUUUUUAAAAAGUGAGGGGUAUUUUCUGAGAAUGGCCUGAAUUAAUGUUGCGACAUAAACUGUAGACAGUUUAAAAAAUGAUCGGAGAGGAGUGUAAACGAAAAAAAAAACUAAAUAAUUUUUAUUGUUUCGUUAAUUUUUUAAUAUUUUAAUAUAUUUAUAAAAUUUGAACUUUAAAAUAACUAAUUAGUGGUAAGAAUUAAAAAAAAAAAAAUUAUUUUUAUUCAAUACUUGUACUCUGCAAAUAGCAUGAAAAUUUAAAAAAAUUGACUUAUUAAUAAGCUGUAUGUUUAAUUGUUUGUAAACAAUUUUUGUUUUUUAUUAUUUAGGGCAU